GACCGAGAAGGGGAGCGCGAAGUUUGCAAGGCGAGCGAAGCGAACGAGAAUGGAGGAGAAGCUGAGGAGGGUCUCUUCGUGGCUGAAGAACAGUCUCGGGGACCAGCCGAUCCCUCCCUACGAAGCGGACGCACGGACGGUGGAUAUUUUGUACGAGCUGGCAGAACGCAGCGAGUCCAGAGAUGGAGAUGUCAGCUUGUUAAUUGAAGACAUGAAGCAGAAAGCGGCAGAGUACGAGUCAGACGGCCUCUUCCUGCAGGAACUUUUAAUGGAGAGUCUGCAUCUUUCCCUCAACAGCCUGUCUAAAGCCAGUACGAGCUACCUGAAUAACCUGGUGGAUAUUGCCUUGGCUCUGGAAACAAAGGACACUUCUCUUGCAAGUUUUAUUCCUGCCAUAAACGACUUGACUUCCCAUCUGUAUGCGGCAGAAUCCAAAAACAAAGAUCUAGAACUCGAGUUGAACAACCUGAGGAGAAAACUCACAUCAGCACUUGUGCUGGAAAAACGCCUUCAGGAUGACGUUAUGAAAACAGAAGAUCUUCUGAUAGUGGAAAGAGCAAAAGCCGAUAGCCGGACCCAGAAUAUGAAGUUCCUAAAGGAAAAAUCAGAAGAUAUCAAAUUCAGAAUCAAGUCCGCUGAGGAACAGCUUUCUGCCAGCGGGCUGGAUGCUUCCCUGACGCAUGAGUCACUAGUGACUCUGUCAGAGAAACUGGCAGAGUUGAAAAAGCAGGCAGUUCCUUUAAAGAAGAAACUGGAGUCUUACCUGGACCUUACCCCGAGCCCUUCGCUUGCUCGAGUGAAGAUUGAAGAAGCAAAGAGGGAGCUGGAAGCACUCGAGGCUGAGUUCUCAACAAAGGUGGAUAUGACAGCACUUUCAGUAACUUUACCUACCAAACGACCAUUUGUGUAAUCACUCUGAUGUAUGAAGAAAGGGAACCAUUGUGGAUGUUGUGAAAGCUGGUUUAUCUCUUCCCUUAACAGAACAUACCCUAUUGUAUAUAAAUUCAUUUUUCUCCUGGGAAUAAGUUAUUCAGUCUUUCUGAAUAAAAUUUUUAACAUAAGCAUUUGUACGAGCAAUUGAGUUAGGCCAUUGCCCUCAACAUUGUGUGUCUAUUAAAUGUUGUUAUAUCUAACUCGUUCGCAGAAGAAUAACUAUACAUACCUCAUUACUGACAAUAAAGUGUAAUGUUGGAAUUAAUCAUAAUAAAAACAUUGAAGGGAGGGGAAUAGUCUGGAAAAGUCUAGAAUAAACAGAGCAUCUUCCACACAUAUAACCAUAUUGCAUGAAAAUCUUCCUUGUUCUUUACUCAACUCUUCCUACCACAGUUGAGGUCAUUGCUGCAGAUAGAUAGAUAGAUAGAUAGAUAGAUAGAUAGAUAGAUAGAUAGAUAGAUAGAUAGAUAGAUAGAUAGAUAGAGUUCUUGCAGGUGAUCCUUUUAGCUAGCUCCCAUACUGAACAAUUCAAAAUCCUUGAUCUUGACAGAUUCCAAAUGCUAGAUGUGGCCAAGAAGAAUGUAGGGAUCUUUAAGACAUGGUGAUCAAUCCAGAACCUAUCAGGUAAUGCUGUAUUGAAGUUCCUGAAUUAAAGAUCUCAUGGCAUGACAAUGCCCACUGCUGUUCAUGGAACUCUCAGAAGUCAGAGAUUAAUGUUUUUGUUCUACACAUAGUCCUCAUUUAGCGACUGCCUCUUACAGCAA